AUGAAUGAAAACCCAUCUUUUUUCAAAAGAUUAGCUCGCACAAAAGAUUAGUUCGCACCCAUUUCUGGCAUCUGCGUUUAUCAUCUUCAACACUGACGCAAUUUCAGAAAGAUAAGCGUCUCUUCUGUGCUACCUACGAGUCAAUCACGACUUUUCUCUAUUGUCGCGACGUUUCGGCCAUCUCUAGAGUCAGAACUAGGGAGCAAUAGAGCCAAUUGGCACCAAUAAUUAAUCAGUACAUGUCAAUAUUAAAUUAUUAAUUUCAGAUCAGUGUUUCACACUUUUUAUCCCUAUGUCUUCAGUUGCAGUUCAAAGAUUAAUGGCGACCAUGCCCAAUACGAUGUCGUUUAAGCAAGGUCUUUCACUCUGGUGUCCUCAAUCAGCUUCGUUAAAUCGAUUUCCUCGGAUUUCUUCUAGAAGUUUCCGGAGAAGUUACGUUGCGGCGGCUUCUUCGUUUGCUAAUGAGAAUCGAGAGUAUGUAGUAGUUGGAGGAGGAAACUCAGCUGGAUAUGCAGCUAAAACUUUUGUUGAACAUGGACAAGCUAAUGGAAAGCUCUGCAUUGUGACCAAAGAGCCAUAUGCACCAUAUGAACGUCCAGCAUUAACUAAAGCAUAUUUGUUUCCAACAGACAAAAAGCCAGCACGUUUACCGGGCUUUCAUACUUGCGUUGGCUCUGGUGGUGAGAGGCAAACUCCCGAUUGGUACAACGAACAAGGGAUAGAGAUGUUAUAUGAAGAUCCUGUAACAGGAAUUGAUAUAGAAAAGCAAACUCUGACGACAAAUUCAGGAAAGCUUCUCAAGUAUGGCACCCUUAUAAUCGCAACCGGAUGUACGGCAUCCAGAUUUCCUGAGAAGAUUGGAGGAAGUUUGCCGGGGGUUCACUAUAUUCGGGAUGUGGCUGAUGCUGAUUCAUUAAUUUCCUCACUGGGGAAAGCAAAAAAGCUUGUGGUUGUUGGUGGUGGCUAUAUAGGAAUGGAAGUUGCUGCAGCUGCUGUGGCCUGGAAACUUGAUACAACUAUAAUUUUCCCAGAAGAGCAUCUUUUGCCAAGAUUGUUCACUCCUUCUCUUGCCCAAAAGUAUGAGCAACUCUACCAAGACAACGGCGUCAAAUUCGUCAAGGGUGCUAAGAUAAAACAUCUAGAAUCUGGUCCAGAUGGCCGGGUAGUUGCAGUUAAGCUUGAAGACGGAUCAAGUAUAGAGACAGACACGGUCGUUAUUGGUAUUGGAGCAAAACCUGCUGUCAGUCCAUUUGACGUGGUUGGCUUAAACAGCACUGUUGGUGGAAUUGCGGUGGACGGCCAGUUCCGUACAAGCAUACCUGGAAUCUUUGCCAUUGGAGAUGUUGCAGCAUUUCCAUUGAAGAUAUACAACCGAAUUGCACGGGUGGAGCACGUUGACCAUGCUCGUAAAUCUGCACAACAUUGUAUUAAAUCAUUGCUAACUGCACAUACGCACACGUAUGACUAUUUACCAUACUUCUACUCUAGGGUUUUUGAAUAUGAAGGAAGCCCUAGGAAAGUUUGGUGGCAAUUCUUUGGGGACAGCGUUGGGGAGACCGUUGAAGUUGGGAAUUUUGAUCCAAAGGUUGCAACAUUUUGGAUCGACUCUGGUAAGUUGAAGGGGGUUCUUCUUGAAAGUGGGAGUCCUGAGGAAUUCCAACUGCUUCCAAAACUUGCACGGAAUCAGCCUACCGUUGACAAAAGCAAACUUCAAAAUGCAUCCUCAGUGGAAGAGGCAUUAGAAAUCGCUCAGUCUUCCUUAUAGACUGAAGCAGCUGUUUAGUGAUAACCACCCAUUAUGACGUUCUUAAUAACUUUUUGUCCAGAUAACCAUUUUCCCAUGCCUCCAAUAUAUAGUAGUAUGAACCUACCAAUUUGGCUAUCUCCCCAGGCUGUUAUUAUAUAUGAGAGAGUAAGAGAAAGAGAGCGGCAUACUGAAAAAAGGAAUAAAUACUUGUUACGCCCCAUCAUCCAUUUCAUGGAUAAUCGUUCUCCGGCAAUGCUUGCCCCGGAUUGCAGCGAGCUUGUUGUUUAUUCUGAGUAUAUUAUAUUUGAUAAUAAGAAUGUCAUAGGUAAAUUGAAAUUG